AAUACCGAAUACGAUCAACAAAAGAAAAGGGUGUAAAUCGAAACUGAAGCCAUUACCUAAAAAAUAAAGCCAGUACUGAUACAUAAAUACUUUUAUAUAUUAAAAAUGAUGUCAUCCAUACAGUAUCUAAUGAAAAGUCCUUUCCAUGGAAAAAUUAAAGAGAUCCCGGGUGUGUAUGUUGAUAACUUCGAAAAAGCUGAACGUCGAAACGCUAGAGCUUACUUCCUGAGCCAUUAUAACUCAGACCACAUACAAAGGCUACAUUCAGCUCAGCUAUUAGACGUUUUGUUGAAGAAGAACAUCACAAUAUAUACGACCGAGCUGACAGCAGCUAUUAUAAAUGACGACAAACAUGAUGAGAGAAUUAUGAAAUGCGUUCGAGCUCUAAAAAUGGGUUCGACACAAAUAUCUUUGCCUGGUUUGCCUGAAAAAGACAUACCGGAAUUGUGUCUCACUGUCACAUUGAUACCAGCCAGUCACAGCGCUGCAUCAACAAUGUUUUUAUUCUCAACAACGACACAUAACAUUCUGUUUAUCGGAGAAUACCAUAUCAAUCGUAAAGACUUGCCAAGCUUCAAGCAUCUGCAUGUUGACGAUAAACCCAUAAAAUUGGAUGCGAUGUACGUUGACACAACCAUGCAGCAUUUGGAUUGCGAAAACUUCACGAAGCGAUCUAACGGUGUACAAAGAAUGAUAUUUGAAAUUAGAUGUUGGUUGAACUGGAAUGAGAAUAAUGCAAUUGCAAUACAGACAUCUGAUAAAUAUGAUUAUGAAUUUGUCUUUAAUGAGAUAUACAAACAAUUAAACAUGAAAGUAUUCGUGCAUUCGGAAAGAUGGAGUUUUUACAGUUCAAUACAGGAAUUAGUGCCCGGGGUGACAAAUAACGAAGAAUCUACUAGAAUACAUUUAUGUAGAAACAGAAGCGAGGAUAGUUCACACACCUCAUGCGUACAGAAAUGUCAUAAUAAUUACUUACUUGUAGAUGUAUUCCCUAUGCCAUGGCAGAAUUACAAAGAUGGAAAAUGCUCAGUUUCGCGCGUGACCCAGGAGCAGCGGCUGGACGUGUUUUUCGCUACUCAUUUGACCUGGAGUCCCGACCGAGAAGAAGAAAGAGGCGAUAUGCGCUCCUUCUCCGCCCGCCGCGACUAG